UGUCUGCUGGGUGGAAACUAUGGUGUUCGAAAGGCUUGAAGGCCCAGCAGGAACAUCAGAUCCAAACCAAACAAAAUCUAUAAUUACCGGUAUAACAACCACCAUGUCCAAGGCAGGCAUAAACCUCGGAUUAAACUCAAAAAAAAAAAAAAUAGACCAGAGUAACACCACCAUGAAUGGGGUUUCACCUUCCCCGCCAUUUCAUUUCUCUGCCACUAAAUUUAAUCACCAAACUACCCCUCACAGCUCUGCAAUUGGCUCUGUUGUUAAUCAUCAUGGUUUGUUAAGUUUCUCAGAUUUAAAGGUUAGGACAGGCCUUAGGUUUGGUAGUGAUAGACAGUCGCAUGUUAUUAGUGUUCGAUGUAAUAGCACUGCUGGCCCUGGUUCUGGUGAUAACGAAAGCAAGAAUGUCCUAGAUGCAUUUUUCUUGGGAAAGGCUGUUGCAGAAGCAGUUAAUGAGCGUUUAGAAUCUGCAGUCGGGGAGUUCCUGAGCACUAUUGGCAGGCUGCAAGCAGAGCAACAGAGACAAGUACAGGAUUUCCAGGAAGAUGUGUUGGAAAGAGCCAAAAAGGCCAAGGAAAAUGCAGCACGUGAAGCCAUGGAAGCACAAGGACUUGUGCCCGAGCCUCGUACAGUUGAUAUUGCAUAUGGUGUUAACUCGACUACUUCAUCACCAACUACCAAUGCUACCAAUCCUACAAUUUCACCAUCAUCUCCAAAUUCAAGUACUGAGGAUUCUGCUUUUGGGGUGUCAAUUGAUGAAUGAAUAUGUUGUUCUAUAUAUCGUAUAGUUCGAACCUGUUAAGUUUUGACAAGGUUAAAAUUUGUAAGGUUGAGAUAUGUUGUAAGGGUGAAAUAUGUUGUUCUAUGUAUCUUAUAGUUGGAGCCUGUUAACCAGUGUAAAAUGAUACCUUUUGGUCAAGUGAUUUAGUAAAAAUCCCUGAGGCAAAAUGCUGCACUAAUAAGUUGAA